UUUGAGCGUUGAAGAUUUUCCAAAGGAAUUUUUGUUGUUUGUUUCAAAAGUGCCAAAUUAAUCGCAGAUUUUAAUAAUUUUAGUCUAAUUAUUAAUUUAUUACUUCGUUGGAGUCGCCUUUCGUAUGCCAGCAAUCCGGUAGACGUUUCAAGAUGGAUUACAACGCCAGUUUAGACGAUAUAAUCAAGAAAAACAAAUCGAAAAUAGGCCUAAAAUCCAGGAACAAGAACUGGAAGAAUAAAAAUGCCAAACCGGCAGUGCGGACGAGUAACAAAAAGAAGCAAACGCCACCGCCGGCGUUCAAGCAAAAUCAGCCCGCAUUCAAAGCGAAGUUAAAGAAGAGGAAAAUCAUCGAUGUACCAGAUGCUCGUAUGAAAAUCAUCCAAAAUAAAAAGAAGUUACGUAGAAGAAGCGUAGAGAAUACGAGAAGCCCGUUGUUGAAAGACGCACGUUUGAAAAUCGAAGCUCGUAGGCAGAAGCAAAGAACACCUCCUCCUCGUGCUCUUCCACUACGUAGCAAUUUAGUUUCGAGAGGCGCAGCUGUGACGAGUUUAGCUCCUAAUGGUAUCAUUCAUCGUAGAAUUAAUCCUAAUAUGGCUAGAGAUAAUGGAAUACGUGUCGAAUACGAGGAUGACGAUAUGAUGAGUUUGGAGAACGAACCGAUCGCUCGAUCAAACUGGACGGAAAAGUUUACUCUAAGAAGAACCAUAAGCAAUCCUGUGGAUAGGAAACGUUUUCCUCCUACUUUGAUGGGUUAUCGUGAUCUAGACGCUGAGCCGGAAGAGCAGGAGUACUACGAGCGAAAUAGUGUACCAUUUAAUGAACUGACGCGAACAAUCACCAAUAUCAAAGCUUCGCCUUCGUUAAGAAGGAAUUACUCAUCCAGACUUUCAUCUCCUGUACGCCAGAGAUCAUCUCCUAUACGCCAGAGGUCACCCCCUAUACGUCAGAGAUCACCUCCUGUUCGCCAGAGAUCGUCACCGAUGCGUCAAAGCCCGAUCGACGAUAUGCGGCUUCCGCCACCUUCAAAAUCAUCUUAUUCCGCUCGAGAAUCUAAUUAUUCGUCCAGAGACAACAAUUACUCUUCUCGGGAUAACAAUUAUCCACCUAGGGAUAAUAAUUACUCGUCUCGAGACAACAAUUACCCGCCUCGAGAUUCCAACUACUCAUCUAGAGAUUCCAGUUAUCCACCUCGAGAUUCUAGUUAUUCGUCCAGAGAUUCCAAUUAUUUAUCCAGAGAUACAGGUUAUCCGUCUCGAGAACCGAAUUACUAUCGAAUUAUGAUAUCUAAUUUACACGAAAAAGUCACCACCGAAGAUAUAAAGGAACUCUUCGAAGAUAUCGGCGAUUUAGUCUACACGAGAAUGAGAAACGGUACGGCUGAGGUGGCUUAUAAGCAUCAAAAAGACGCCGAGAAUGCGGUGGAAAUCUACCAUAAUCGCCAACUAGACGGUUUACCCAUGAAAUGUACGUUAAUCACCAACACUUCCGAAUCUCCGAAUAAGAAACGUCAUUCGAGGCUACCUCCAGUCAGUACAAAAUCAUCGAUAGAACCGGAUACUUCGUUGAUCAAAAAAGCUCUAUUCAAUUAAUACGUAUUUUGAAAAGGGAUAAAUUUUUUGGGUGACUGUUUCCAACGUUUGGUAAUUUUUCAUACGGGUGUACUGUGUAUCUCUAUUGUACGUACGUACUAGCUUGUAUUUUACUAGUUUCGUUUUCUUCCUGUUGUGUAUUUUUUUCUUUUGACCUUGGAUUUUACGGUGACUUACUCGCUGCAAAAAAUAAUUCGACUUGUUUUAAUUUAUAUCCGUUUUAAUAAUUGUUCGUUUUAUGAAAAUUUUUGUAAAAUUUUACGCCUGUAAGGAUACUAUUAUCAUGAGCUAGAUUUCACUGUUUUGUUAUCAUUUUAUACGAAAUGAUCAUCGUCUUUUAUUUUAGUAAUUUUUUUUUCUUCUUUUUUUCUUGUAAAAAUGAGACUAAUGUUUCAUCAAUGAUGAAGGAGCGUAUGUUGAUUGAAAUUACGUAAAUUGUAUAAUCCGAUGUGUAAAUAAAAUAGAAGAUAGUAUGAUUUUUA